AUGGACCAAACAUCUCUUCUGAGGCUCUUUGUGAGCUCUCUGCUGUUCUGCUCAACAAACCAAGCCUCUCUGACUGUGAGUCCCAGCAGAACUCAGAUGUUUAAAGGAGAAGCUGUCUCUAUGAGCUGUGAGGAGGACGACAGCUCUGCUGGAUGGAAGCUGAGGAGGAACACAACCAGAGAAACCAGGAAGGAGUGUGGAGACGGCUGGGGAAUGCAAGUUAAUUCCUUCUGUAUCAUCAGUGUAGCAUUCCCCUCAGACAGUGGAGUUUACUGGUGUGAGUCCAGAGAGGGAGCAACCAGUAACAGCAUCAGCAUCACUGUCACUGGUGGACCAGUGAUCCUGCAGAGUCCUGUCCUCCCUGUGAUGGAGGGAGAUGAUGUCACUCUGCACUGUAAAACAAAGACCUCCAACCUCACAGCUGGUUUCUAUAAAGAUGGCUCCCUCAUCAGGACUGAGCCUGCAGGUCACAUGACCAUCCACCAUGUUUCCAAGUCUGAUGAAGGCCUCUACAAGUGUAACAUCAGAAGUCAUGGAGAGUCUCCAUCCAGCUGGAUCUCUGUCACAGAGAAACCCACCACAUCUCAAUCUACACCCCUCUCUACUUCUACUCCCACCUCUACUUCUCCUCCUUCAUCCUCCUCUCCUCCUUUCUUUGUGCUGUGGUCUGUUCCACCUGUCUGUGGUCUGGUUCUACUGGUUCUACUGGUGAGACGAUGUGUUCACAGGAAACCUGAAGCUGCUGCAUUAGGAGAAGAUGACAUCACUGAUUUCAUCACAUACAGUGACAUCAAAACUGGCUUCAGCCGUCAGCAGCCAAUCAGACGGAGUGGAGGUAAUGUGUUGUAG